AUGAUUCUCAAAUACACUAGCGAUUUUGAUAAUUCUCGGAUGAUUCCUGGGGAAGAAACGAGUUUUUGCGAUUGUGAUUCUCCGGCCAGUAAUUCUUCAGAAUUAAGCCAAAAGAACUGGGCCAUAAAACGAAGAGCAAGUCUGCAAAACCUAGCUCCCGUCCCAGGCCCCGCCGCACAACCCCCUGCCCCUUGUCCAUCCCCUCGCCGCCGGUUUGUCCCAAUACCAUACAGACCUAGCGUGAAGGCUUCUUGAUCACCAAUUUCAGUUUGUUGUGGUUUUCCAGAGACGAAGAUGAACAGGCGGUUUGUGAAUCUGGUGACGCGGAACUGGACCCAAGGUGUCUAUUCGGUGCGCCGCAUGGACCCUUACCACCAUUUCUUCUACGGGUCAACAGAAGCUGCACUUGGGGCAGCAGAUGAGGCUUGCAAGAUGAAGGAAUCAUUCCCAGCGAUGCAGAUCCAGGACCUGCCGAGCCCAAGCACGAACUUCACUGCAGCUGCCCCAGGUGGCACCUUGGAUAUGUUCGCGCUCCUCACCCCCCGCCCCACCAGCGAUGGCAGAAUGAUUUAUGCCAAUACGAUCGGCGAGACCCGGCUGUACGACGCCGACAAACAGGUGCACACCACCCUGGGCCGUCUCAACACGCCUAAGGGAGUCAAACCCAUGUGCCUCUCCAUCGCGCACCCUGGCGGCGACGAAGACAGCAUUUAUGUGUUGGAUACCGAACCCUUGAAGGACGCCCGUCGAUGCUUUGAGGUCCUUGAGCCCACGCCCAGGGAAUUCAGGAGCAGCAGCUUGAUGCCGCCAUGGUGUUGGCGAGUUCUUCCACCGCCUCCUUUUGUCCUCGAACCUUGGUACCAACCAUCUUCUAUUACCUCCUUUACCACUGUGGUCAAUGGCGAUGGCUGCUCCACCAUCUACAUAUCAUGUGGUGGCCGCAUAGGCACCUACAGCUUUGAGACGGCAUGCUCUGACUCUAGACACUGUCUAGGAUGGAGGCUCUCGGACAAAUGGAGCCAUGUUGGGGAAUGGAAGCUGCCCUUUAAUGGCAGAGCUCAGUACGUCCCUGAGUUUAACCUAUGGUUUGGAUUCUCAGACUCAAGCCCCAACCACCUGUGUGCCAUGGACCUCUCUGCCAUGGACAAUGGACGGCAGCCCACAGCACCCAAAAUAUGGGAAGAUCUGAACCUGCCUGAUGGAGAGGCGUGGCUUCCGAAACAGCUCGAGCUUCUCUACCUUGGCGACCGCAAGUUUCUCACCGCUAAGACCUUUGCAGAAGGAGAAAUAGGCGGGUGCUUUUCUGUGCUCACCGGCGUAGAGAUGAUUGCUGGCGCCGGUGAUGACCAGCACACCCUUCAGAUGGUCAAGCACAAGUGCGCACGUUUUGUCUUCACCGACGAGGACAUUGAGUGGGUGCUCUGAAUGAAUGAAUAAUCUUGUGUCGGUGAUGAACUGAUGGUCCAGAUCCUUGUCGCAGUCGCAUUUGUUAUGCGAUAUCUAUUUACUUACUUUUAGGUCUAUUUGCACCAUUGAGGAUUUUUGUGUUUGGAGGGAUUUCCCUGUUUUUGUCUUUACUUUUCUUUGUAAAGACAACAUUGUACUAUCAUGUUAAGUGAUCUUGGAUGUUGAUUUCUACUAGUUUUUAGUGGAGCCUGGUACUUACAUAUUCCACUUAUAAUCCUGCCAAGAAAGAAAAAUAGAUUUUCAAAACAACCUUCUCCUCCAUGAUGAUUUGGUAAGAAACAACCUUCUUCUCCCUGAUGAUUGUAGGUAAGAAACAAGCUUCUCCAUGGCGAGCAAAUCUGCAGUUGGCGAGACUGAUGGUUGCCAUACCCGCACUCAUAUAAACCCAAUCUCUCUGCAUGGACGGUCCAGGCUACGCUAGGUAAACCAAUCUCUACUCCCUGCUCCCCCAAGGUGAGUCUUUGCUUGGCGCCUCCCUUGGAACUCGUGCACAACCUGGGCAAACAAAUGUAUACUCAGAAUGCAGGAAGGCAGCAUAUAGUAGUAAUUUAGAAACAAGGUAGCUUUUAUUAAUGUCAGCUGUGGCAUUUAUUUUAGGUUACAUUGAAGAAGAUGCCGGUUGUCAUGACAUGAUUCAUAGGUUUUCAUAUCCUAUUAUUUUUAUUUCAGCACGAUAAUUAAUCACUUUAAAAUUCACAACGAACAAACAAAUUUAA